UGAAGGCAUGGGGCCUACUUUUUAGCUACAUCACGCUGUCAGCUUCUUAGGGCUUCUCCCCUUCCCAGCUUUACAGGGGUAGUAGAGCACUUACUGCGCAUGCAGAAGAUCCCAGAAUCAAUACCCAGCAUCUCCAGGUACGAGUUGGGGAAGACUCUUGUCUGUAAUCCUGGGGAGAUGCUGCCAGUUAGACAGUACUGAACUAGAUUGAUAAACAGUCUGACUUUGUAUAAAACAGAUUGCUCAUUAGGGGCAGGUAACCACUGACAACUUCAACCAGCUGCUGUUUCUCCAUCUCAUCCCUCACCCUCAUCAUGAUCUGGGGAUAAUAGACUACAUCAGUUAGAGUAGUAAUGGUUUAUUUAGAUCAGGCAUUGGUCCACAUUCCCUCAAUGGGCACCUUUCCAGGGAAUCACAUGCCACAGGAAGAGGCAAAAGUCGGCUGAGGAUGGAUGGAACUUUCUCCAUUGUAUAGCAGGCUUCAUUCCAGUCAGGUUUCUACAUACACUUCCCUCUCCAUUCAGGGAAGCAAGGGCAUUAGCACAGUUCAAGGGCGCAUUCCAGCCAAGCAGGAGCAUUCAAGAAAGUGCUGAGCAAGGCUAGGGAGGGGACGCAGCCUGGAAGAACCAAUACAGGGGCCUGAGGUUCCCCACCUUUGGAUUACGUAGUGCCAUCGGCAUAUCUGGUACAGUAUUCAGCCAAAAUAUAUAUUCAGGCAGUGAGAGUGCCGUCGCAUAUAUAGCCAGAGCGGUACCAUCCACAAGGCAGAGGGAGGUGUCAGCAGGCUCGGAGGAACCUUGAGGCUGCUGGUUUUCAUUGGCACAACUUUUAUUAUUUUUAUGACCUGUGUUUCAACUUUAUGUCGUAAGCUGCUUUGAGCAUAUUUGAUGGAAAGGGUCACCUUGUCUGCCACGGACUGUUACAUUGUUCACGAAAUCUACAACGGCGAGAAUGCUCAGGACCAGUUUGAAUACGAGCUGGAACAGGCCUUAGAGGCUCAGUACAAAUACAUUGUGAUUGAGCCCACGCGCAUUGGGGACGAGACGGCCCGCUGGAUCACUGUUGGGAACUGCCUGCACAAGACGGCCGUGCUGGCGGGCACAGCCUGCCUCUUCACCCCCCUGGCUGUUCCCGUAGAUUAUUCCCAUUACAUCUCUUUGCCUGCUGGCGUCCUCAGCAUAGCCUGCUGCACCCUCUAUGGGAUCUCUUGGCAAUUCGACCCCUGCUGCAAGUACCAAGUGGAGUAUAAUGCCUAUAAACUCUCUCGCCUGCCCCUGCAUACACUCACCUCCUCCACUCCCGUGGUUCUGGUGAGGAAGGACGACCUGCACAGAAAGAGACUGCAGAACACGAUAGCACUCGCUGCCCUGGUGUACUGUGUAAAGAAGAUUUAUGAACUUUACGCCGUAUGAUUGCGGCAGAGGAAGGAGAAAUCCGCAAAGACAAAAAAAAAAAAAAAAGUGUAUUAAGACUCCCACAGUGACAUUCAACUUUUCUUCUUGAAGUGGUGCCUGGGAAGCAGUUUGGUUUAUCCAUAUAUUAUUAUUAUUUUGUUAUUUUUAGAACAAAAAUAACAUGUCACUGGGUGCAUCAAGGGAAUUUUCAGUUUUCUUACACCUCAGACAUGGAUCUGCCGUGAAAAGGAACACUGUGGGAGCUGAAGUCAAUAAUGGAAUGUCAAUGAACGGAAAGAUACCUAAGAGGGAGUGUGGGUUUUUUGUUUCCCCCCCAAGAAACCUUUAAGUAUAUUGUUUAAUUGUAUUCUACAGAACCAGCUCAAAGUUAUCACUGACCAUUCAUUAAAGGAUGAGAAUUUCAA